AUGGCACCCAGGACGCCGAAGACACGCAAAGCUAAGGCAAAUGCAAGAACUAACGAAACUACUGUUGCCAUCGAAGAAAAGGAUACUGUUAAUCAGGUUAGAGAAUCGAUUAAAUUUCAUGAUGUGCGAGAAUCUCUUAAUGUAUUUACCGGUGAUGAUACUUAUUCAAUCAUUAAAUGGAUAGAAGAUUUGGAAGAAAUGAGCGAAGUAUGUGGAUGGUCUGAUGUUGAACUUUUUAUAUAUAGUAAACGUCUAUUGUCGGGGACUGCUGCCCUAUAUCUACGUUCUGAAACUGGUAUUAAGUCAUGGAAUUUAAUGAGGGAAUGUUUGAUGAAUGAGUUUCGUAAUAAUUUAACUUCGGCUGACGUGCAUAGGCAGCUUACAGCCAGAAUAAAAAAUAAUGACGAAUCUCAUCAGCAGUAUUUGUUUAAAAUGAUGGAAAAAGCAAAACAAGGAGAUGUGUCUGAAGAUUCACUAUUGGAUUAUGUCAUUGCUGGCAUUCAGGAUAGUGAAGUGAAUAAGGCUUUACUUUAUGGAGCUACAACAAUAAGCGAAUUUAAAAUAAAGCUACAAUUGUAUGUUAAGAUGAAGUCAAGGAUGCACAUCUCUAAGUCAGGAAUAUCUAAGGUUUUUAAUGGUGCUGCAAGUAAUCAUAAUGCAGGUAAUAUAAAACAAAACUCGAUGUCUGGUGUUGCGAACACAAUAAUUAGAUGUUAUAAUUGCGGAUCUAAGACACAUCAACAUAGGGAAUGUCCAGACUUGGAUAAAGGUCCUAAGUGUUUUGCUUGUAGAUCUUUUGGCCACAAAUCAACAGAAUGCCCUGAUAAGGAAACUCAAACAAAGCAAGUGAAUAAUGAUGAAAAACCACAAGUUUAUCAAGUGAAUGCUAUAAAUACUAAUGAGCGAAUAUUUAAAGAAAUUAAUGUCUUAGGAAUCCAGACGUUAGCCCUUAUAGACACUGGCUGCGAUUUGAAUUUAUGCCGACAGUCAUUAAUUAAAGGUAUUGACGCUGUCAAUGCAGAAGUUAGUCUUAGUGGACCAGCUGGAACUAUGUUUUGUACCAAGAAAAAAUUCAUCACUGAAUUAGAAGUUGAUAAUGCUACUUAUACAGUAGAAGUAUACUCGGUACCUGAUGAAGAUAUAAUGUGUGACUUUAUAAUAGGUAGAUCAUUAUUCCAAACCAAUGCUGAACUAAAAAUUAGUCCUGGAGUGAUUGAAAUCAACAAAAUAACUAUCGAAACAAGUGAGUUUGAUGUAGGAUCUAGAGAACACUAUCCGGUUAUAAGGAGUAUGAUAGCUAACUAUGUACCAUGUGCUACAGAAACUACACCCAUAAAAACCAAAAUUAUAGUCAGUGAUGAAGAACCCAUCUAUCAGCGAUCAAGGCGUUUAUCACCAAAAGAAAAAGCAAUUGUGGAAAGUCAAGUGGAGGAAUGGAUUAAGGAAGGAAUUAUCAGACCUAGCUGCUCAGAUUAUGCUAGCCCAAUUGUAAUUGUCCCUAAGAAAGAUGGUUCAUUUCGGGUAUGUGUUGACUAUCGUCGAUUAAAUAAUAAAAUCAUUAAGGAUCGUUACCCUUUACCUUUGAUAAAAGACCAGCUGGAUAAGCUUCAAGGGGCCAGAAUAUUUUCAACAUUAGACCUUAAGAACGGUUUUUUCAUGUUUCUAUGGACAAAGAGAGUAUUAAAUAUACAUCUUUUAUUACACCAGAGGCACAAUAUGAAUUUAUGA